AAUAGGUCGAAUCCUAGUAGGCCAGCCAAGAAUUUCAAGGAGCUGUCAACUCCGAAAAUGACAUUCCUCAGUAUACAUUCAGCUUACAACCAGAUCUAUCAUUCUUCGGCUUGUCUAAAAUUCUCCGUCCUUCCCUUUUUUAACUCAGCCUAGUUUAGAAAUCAAAAUUCUUUUAAAAUUCGUGGCAGAGCCGAGUUCUGAAGAACGAGGAGUGCAUUCUUGGAUACAAUCAUGCCCUGUUGCAAGCGAGCUGAGACCCGGCGGGUGUGCCACCCGAUGCCAUCACUACUCUCCAGGUUCAACUGUACGCCGUGCAAUCGGGUCCUGUUCUUCGUCAUUGGAGUGGGACUGGGGAUGUUCUUCGUGAACAACAAGAACAGCCAAAAGGACGCCGCACCGAAUAAAAAGGACGCCAAGGCGAAGAAGUAGAUUGGCAGUGGAGGGCCCGGCCGGAGUUCCAAAAUUCAGCCCAGUUGGACCGAUCGAUUGGAUUACAUUCUGAUCCAUUGAUAAUGCAUCUGUCGAGCAAGUUGCAAGGGACUAGGACUAGUGACCCGACUAGGAGGAAUGCCGUUCGAUGACUUUGUCCACCGAAGAAUUUGAGGGAUUCCAAAAUUUUCCAGUAGAUAAAAUCAUCAAUGGAGUAAUUUAUCAAUCGAACUAUCGUGCCCGGAUGGACUUCUUCGAUUGAUGUAUUCUCUAUGAGUACUUUGACAUUCGAUCAUUUUAAAAAAUUUUACUUGAUUUCCGCUGUCAAUUGGAACGUUUUUUUGGGGCAAGCCGCCUACCCACUGUUUGGAAUUAGUUUCUGAGACCAAGAUGCGAAGAGUACCCUAAUUUUUUCAAUCAAUUGUUAACCGGAUUUCAAAAUGUAACCAAAAAAAAAUAAUAAAAGGGAAUUUAAAUUAUU